AUGUUUGAGGGCGAGCGGGUGUACUACUCUAACAACAGAUCAGACCCUCAUGGCUUCGAAGCCGAAGAUGGGGGCCCCGAUUCUCUUCCCUCUUUAAAGCAGGCUCGUCUCUUCUUUGAGCAGUACCUGCAUCAUGGCAGUGGCGCCUUGCGGCGACAGUUGCUGGCUGAGGCUGAGAAGAGCACGAAGUGUCUAUUAGAAUUGGAUCUCUUCGACUUGAUAGAAUACCAACAUAGAGUCCAACCAGCUGACCUGGAAUGCGUCAACACUCCCCUUUGUGGCCGCGACAGACAUCGAGCUCCCCCCGACUUCGCGCACCGAUUGGCGCGUUGCCUGCGGGAGCGGCCGCUUGUGUACUUGCCCGUUUGUGAGAAGGCAUGCGAGGAGAUAGCCGCAAAAGGCGCUAUAGUUCAGGGAGCAUCAGAUGGGCCACCAAGCAAAAGAGAACGCACCUUUGAUGUUCAAAUCAACCUCAUCGACUCCAGCAAAAAGCCCACCCCGAUCCGUAGCCUGCUUUCCCAUCAGCAAGAGCACUUCGUCGUCACGACGGGCAUUAUCAUCAGCUGCAAGGCGCCAAUGAGCCGCAUGCAAAAAAUAACAAUUCAGUGCCGCUUCUGCAACCACAAGUUGGUCAUUCAUGCAGCGGAAUGGCGAGAGCAGCCUCAAAUCCCUCGUUUUUGCCGCUUUUCAGAGCUGUCAGGUCCUAACCAAGGCGAGUCGGACUUGGGCUGCAAAAACAAACCGGAGCCGUACUUCAUCGUCAGCAACGAAUGCACCUUCGUGGAUAUUCAGCUCUUGAAGAUGCAAGAGCUUCCGGAAGACGUGCCCACGGGGGAUAUGCCGCGUCACUUGCUACUGAAUGCUUCUCGCUUUCUCGUUGACGAGGCAACAGCAGGAGACAGACUCCUCAUCAGCGGAGUCCUCACAACUGAGGCAGGCCCAAACGCCUCUACCUUCACCUCUGACAGACACGGUGAGGUUACUGCUGCUGCUGCCGCUUCUGUUGCUGCUGCUGCUGCUUUUGCUGGGGGCAGGGCCGCGGACGCGACGCCCCUGGGCCUCCCCUGCUUUGCAGAUGGCUGGCCUCUUAGCACUUCGCCGCCAGCCCAAAUGUGA